CCGCCUCUCACCACCACCGCCUCCUCCUCCUCCUCCUCCUCCUCCUCGCGUCUUCCAGUUCCAGCCACCUAUCCGCACGCGUCUUCGGAGCAUCUGCGCCGUAGCGGAAUCGCGCCCCCGCGCUCGUGCCUGUGCCCGCCGCUGCCCUCGAUUCCUCGCCGCCGGCCCGUGCCUCCGAUUCCUAAGCGCUCCCAAGCUCUGUGAAUUGGUAGGACUUUGGUGGGUGGCGCUGGCAAGUUUCUAAAGACCCGGAAGCAAUUGACUAUGAAGUAUUCCAUUCAGAUAGGCUUGAAGUACUCCUCUCCGACCAUUACUGCAUAGGAAAACGUGAAAGCUUAUUCUGAGCAUGUAUUGUUCAUGAUAGACCGGACUGUUUGAUUCUUGUAUGUCUCUGGCAGAUCCAAGCAGCUGGCUGGGUGCAGCAUAGAUAUGCUUUUCUAACGCCGGCUUAUGAUGCACCCCAUCAUCUGUGAACUGUCCUCGGUCACUCACAUCAACGGCGUACUCUCUCUCUUCGAAUCUGGUUGAUGGGUAGCACGUGCGAGGCUGGCACGGAUGAGCCUUCCCAAAAGGAUGUUAAGAGGGUAGGGAAUGGCAUCGUGGAGAAUGGUCAUAGCCUCAAGGCAGAGGAGGAAAAAUGGGGGGAUGGCACGGGGGAGGACUUACCCGAUGGGCACAGUACACCACCAGAGCCCCAGCAAACAGAUGAACAGAAGGAGCACCAAGUGCGGAUUGUCCGGUGGGAGAGGUUCCUCCCUGUGAAGACGCUAAGGGUCUUGCUGGUGGAGAACGAUGACUCUACCCGUCAGGUGGUCAGCGCGCUGCUUCGGAAGUGCUCUUAUGAAGUUAUCCCUGCUGAAAAUGGGUUACAUGCAUGGCAAUGUCUUGAAGAUCUGCAAAACCACAUUGACCUUGUAUUGACUGAGGUUGUAAUGCCACAUCUAUCUGGCAUUGGUCUGCUUAAUAAGAUAACAAGCCACAAAAUUUGCAAGGACAUUCCGGUGAUUAUGAUGUCUUCGAAUGACUCAAUGAGUACAGUCUUUAAAUGUUUGUCAAAAGGAGCAGUUGAUUUUCUAGUGAAGCCUAUACGUAAGAAUGAACUUAAGAACCUUUGGCAGCAUGUUUGGAGACGAUGCCAUAGUUCCAGCGGCAGUGGAAGUGAGAGUGGCAUCCGGACACAAAAGUGUACCAAACCAAAGGUUGAUGAUGAAUAUGAGAAUAACAGCGGCAGCAAUCAUGAUGGUGAUGCUGAUGACAAUGAUGAAGAUGAUGAUGACUUUAGUGUUGGACUCAAUGCUAGGGAUGGCAGUGAUAAUGGCAGUGGUACUCAAAGUUCAUGGACAAAGCGUGCAGUGGAGAUUGACAGCCCACAGCAAAUGUCUCCUGAUCAACCAUCUGAUCCAGCAGAUAGUACUUGUGCGCAAGUAAUUCACCCUAAAUCAGAGAUAUGCAGCAACAGGUGGUUACCAACUGCAAAUAAAAGGAGCGGAAAGAAACAAAAAGAGAAUAACGAUGACUCCAUGGGGAAGUACUUAGAAAUAGGAGCUCCUAGGAAUUGUAGUGUGGAGUACCAAUCUUCUCCGAAUGAGAUGUCUGUUAAUCCAACAGAAAUACAGCAUGAGACUCUCAUGCCCCAAAUUAAAUCAAAAAAUAAAACAAUGAGAGAAAAGGAUAGUAGGAAUACACAGAAUGAACCAACUACUCAAACUGUUGAUUUGAUUAGUUCAAUAGCCAGAAACACAGAAGACAAACAAGUAGGUAGAAUCACUAAUGCACCUGAUUGCACCUCCAAGGUUCCAGAUGGGAAUGAUAAAAGCCGUGAUUCUCUCAUUGAUAUGACAUCUGAAGAGUUGGGUCUGAAGAGAUUGAAAACAGCUGGAUCUGCAAAUGAAAUCAACGACGAACGAAAUAUUCUGAAAAGAUCAGAUCUCUCAGCAUUUACCAGGUACCAUACAACUGUGGCUUCUAAUCAAGGUGGGGCAGGAUACGGGGGAAGCUGUUCACCUCAAGAUAACAGCUCAGAGGCUUUGAAAACAGACUCCAACUGCAAGGUGAAGUCAAAUUCAGAUGCUGCUGCAAUAAAGCAAGGCUCCAAUGGUAGUAGCAACAACAAUGACAUGGGCUCCAGUACUAAGAAUGUCAUCACAAAACCUUCUUCAAACAGGGGGAAAGUGAUUUUACCAUCAGCUGUCAAAGCUACCCAACAUACAUCAGCAUUCCAUCCUGUGCAGCGUCAAUCAUCACCUGCUAACGUUAUAGGGAAAGACAAAGUUGACGAAGGAAUUGCUAAUGCAGUUAAUGUGGGCCACCCUGGAGAUGUGCAGCAUAGCUUUAUGCAGCACCAUCAUCAUGUUCAUUACUAUGUCCAUGUCAUGACACAACAGCAACAGCAGCCCUCCAUUGAGCAUGGAUUAUCAGAUGCUCAGUGUGGUUCGUCCAAUGUGUUUGAUCCUCCCAUUGAAGGUCAUGCGGCAAACUAUAGUAUGAACGGGAGCAUUUCAGGUGGUCAUAAUGGAAGCAAUGGGCAGGGGGGAGCUAGCACUGCUCCCAAUGUCGGGAGGCCAAACAUGGAAAGUGCUAAUGGUACCAUGGACGAAAAUGGGGCUGGAGGUGGCAAUGGAAGUGGGAGUGGCAGUGGUAAUGAUAUGUAUCAGAGUGGGGUCUGUUACCGAGAAGCUGCAUUAAACAAAUUCAGGCAGAAACGGAAAGUGAGGAACUUCGGAAAAAAGGUGCGCUAUCAAAGUAGAAAGAGGCUGGCUGAGCAGCGUCCACGGGUGCGCGGGCAAUUCGUUCGGCAAUCUGGACAGGAUGAUCAAGCAGGUCAAGAGGAAGACAGAUAACUAAGAUCCACCUGCAUAUCCAGCAUGGCAUUUAGUUGACGGUUGGAGAGCUACGCAGUUCAUUCCAUAUCUGAAAGCAGCUCGUUGAUCCGCACAUUCGUGUGCUCAAUAAAUAAAACCCAUUUGAUUAUUUAUGUGGAUCGACUCCAGAUGAACUUUUGUGCUAUGGAGUAGACCACGCAUUUAAUUUUAAUAUGGCAAUGGGUAACAACUUAGGCGUGAUGGGUUGUGACCUCCAGUUCCCUUGCAGUGCUUAGGCACUUUGUCAAGAGUCUUAAGGAGGAGCAAACCAUCUCUGACAUUUCUAUCGGAUCAUGAAUGUCGAAUCUUUACUCUACAUCGAGCUGACAUCACUGAGGGUUCGGCUAGCCAUUAUUUUAAAGUAAAUUAUACUAGUACUUUUCUGCUGGUUGCA